GUGAGAUCUCAACUCUCUAUUCCAAAAUUUUGUGAGCUCCACAAAAAUAAACCAUAUUGAAAAAUGCUUCCCUUUCAACAAAGUUAUGACUUGGGUUUCGGAACCCAUCAAGGAUUCCAAAUCCAAGAUACUGAUCCGGGUUUUGGAACCCCUUUGGGAUUCCAAAUCCAAGAUGAUUUCUUGGAAAAUAAUAUGAUCCAUUUCUUAGUCGAAAAUAAAUUGAUCGAUUUCUCAGCCGGCAAGAACGUCGAAGAAGUAAGCAAAACAACAGAUUUAGAAACCAAGAAGGAUAUUCAUCGAGAGGUGGAGAGGAAGAGGAGGAAAGAACUUUCAGAUCUUUAUGCUUCUCUCCGCUCUCAUCUUCCCCAUCAUAAGAUCAAGGGAAAGCAAAGUGUAUGUGAUCAUGUACAAGCUGCUACGAGCCACAUAAUACGGAUGGAGAAGAAUAUCCAAGAGCUCGAAAUUCGCAGAAACAAGCUGAAGAUUUGGUUGAAUAAAAGUUCAGUUGAUGUGGAUGUAAAAAUAGUCUCAGAUGGAAUAAUGGAGAUUCUCAUAUCCAAUAGCAUCGCUGAUAAUUUAGGGUUGUCGCGAGUUCUUGCUGAAUUACGGAGAAAUGAGCUUGAUGUGGUUAGCAGUGUUUCGACAAGAACGAAGGACAGGUUUGUCCACAAAAUACAGGCUGAGGCUGUAGGUAUAGCAAAUCUUGGUGCUUUGGAGUUGCAAAACAGAUUGAGCAAGGCCAUCAAGUGAAUAUCAUUUAUUUAAUAUAUCAAUAUUCUUUCAUUUGAGGUAGAGUAGCACAUAUGGUUUGAAGUGUUUUGGUUGAACUUUUACCUAUCAAUAUUCUGUGUGAGCAACAUUAUUACUUAUUAAUUGAUGGAAAAACUUUGGUUUCUGCUGAUGGUAUGAA